AAUAUAUAUGUAUUUUCUAACUUUUUAGUUACGUUAAUUAGUCGAUUAAUAAUUGCUUUCAUUUAAAUCACUACAUACGUUCAAGAUUAUUUAGUUUUUUUUUUUUUUAUUGUCAUUGGUGUUCAAAGAUUUUAUGCACAAAAACAGCUUAUUUUAAACAAUUUUCCUCAAAAACUAUGUUUUUGUCAACCCAAUUAUUUUAAACAAUUUUAGUUGAUAAAGUAGAGUUAUAUGUUCGGUAUAAAAAAGGAGUGAUUUACAAGGUUGUUUGAUUUUUCUAAAAGUAUAUAAUACUACAUGCAUUAACAAUCAUGAGUGACGAUGAUGUUUGGCGUACUUCAAGUUUUCGUCAAAAUGUGGUCAACAAAAUUGAUGAUGCUAUUGCUCAGUCAGGAAUGCCAACUUCAAAAAACAGUUUGGAAAUGGAAAAUCAUGUUUUCUUGAAAGCGAAAAGUAAAGAUGAAUACUUAAAUUUUGUUGCCCGUUUGUUAUUACAUGUUGGUGGAAGAGAUAUGAGAGGUGGAAAUCAAAUGAUGAAUAUGAAUCAAAAUCCUGGUGCUGUUAAUGCAACAACAUUAUUGCAGACAUUAAGUAAUCGACCACAAACUCAAAACAAAUUACCUGGUCAAAUGGCGAUGGGACCUGGUCCAAUGAACCAAGGACCUCCUAUAAGACCUAAUGGACCAAUGGGUCAAGGACCAAUGAUACAAAAUCCUAAUGCAGGGCCUAUGGGCAAUCAAAUGGGACAAGGACCUCCUAUGUCUAUGUCUUCAGUUAUGGGUGGCCCACCAAUGCAGGGUAUGCCUGUACAAAUGCCUGGACAAGGUAUGCCUGGGGUUGUCCCCGGCAAUAUGCCACCAAAUACAAUGGGUCGUAUGCCUCAAAGAAAAAUGCCUGGUGGCCCAGAAAAUGUAAUGAUGAUUCCUAAUCAGCCAGUUGUUGGAGGAUAUCCCGCAGGAACACCCAGAUCUGUAGCGACUAAUCAAUUUCUCAGUCAUAAUAGUCCUUCAUCACCUCAACAAUCUCCUGUAAAUGUUCUUCCAUCUGGUAAUCAGAUGAUUGCUUCGCCAAGUGGUCCUCAACUAACUCCAAGUGGUCAAAUGAGUGGUCCUAUUAGAUCUAUUGGCAAUGUACCCUCUCCAGGUAGCUCAGUUCCAUCAUUAAACACUCCAAUGAAUCCUUCAUCAAAUGCUGGCCCAAGUCCUCUAGCUCAGGAAGAUAUAGCAUAUAGGGAAAAAGUAAGACAGCUUAGCAAAUACAUUGAACCAUUGCGCAAAAUGAUAGCAUUAAUUGGAAAUGAAGAUGUUGAAAAAUUAAGCAAGAUGAAAAAACUGCUAGAAAUAUUAUCAACUCCUUCCCAACGCAUGCCUUUGGAGACUUUGAUGAAAUGUCAAGUUGCCCUGGAAAAAUUAGACUUAAGCAGAGUUAAAGAAGUUGGUAGCGUGCCUCCACCUCAAUCAACUGCCAUGAGAGAGGUACAUCCUUUAAUAGAAGUGAUAGGCUCCAUGAUACAAUCUCCAAACUUUAACCAUACACUACACCGAACGUUUGCGCCUUGUAUUGAAUUUAUGGUGGGUCAAAAACGACCCAUGUCACCACCUCCAUAUACAGGAAAUGAUAAUUCUAAUGAAGUUCAAAGUAUCAUACCUAAAGCAUUAGAAGGAGAAAUUGCUCGGCUUGAUCAACGUUUUAAGGUGUCUUUAGACCCUGUACGGCCAAGUGGAGUGUCUUGCAUCCGCAUUUUAUGUUGGUUAGAUGAUAAAAAUUUACCUUGUGUACCACCAAUUAACAUAAUUGUUUACGAGAAUUAUCCACCAGCCAAUCCUUCAUGCAUAAUUCCAUCUAAUGACUAUGGUGGUACAUCAUUUCUUAUGUGUGUCAAAGAUGUAUUUGAAUCAAGAAUGAUGUUAAUGCCAGUCCGUUUCACAGUGUCUCACAUACUGGAUUCAUGGGAAAUGAGUGUAAGACAAGCAGUAGCCCUUCUACUUGAUAACAAAGAUAUAAUUUCCAAUGACUGA